GCUGCUCCCCCUCCCCGUCAGUGCUGUCGCGGUCUGAUGACGCAGAAGCUUGGUUUUCACCAUGGCGGCUCUCUGCUAAUUGAGGAGAAAUGCGGGGUUUUUAGCUGCAACAGCACCGUGUUACGGGGGCAAACAGCCAGACCAUAUUUCUUUCAGGAUGACGAACCGGACUUCUUACUUUUACGACCCCGACGUGGGCAACUUUCAUUACGGUGCUGGCCACCCCAUGAAGCCUCACCGCUUGUCUCUGACUCACAGCCUGGUGCUGCACUAUGGACUUUACAAGAAAAUGAUGGUGUUCAAGCCAUACAAAGCAUCUCAGCAUGACAUGUGUCGUUUCCACUCUGAAGACUACAUAGACUUUCUGCAGAAGGUCAGCCCCAACAACAUGCAGGGCUUCACAAAGAGCCUCAACACAUUUAAUGUGGGAGAUGACUGUCCUGUGUUUCCAGGUCUUUUUGAGUUCUGCUCAAGAUACACUGGAGCCUCUUUACAGGGAGCGACACAGCUCAACCACAAGAUCUGUGACAUUGCCAUAAACUGGGCUGGAGGUUUGCAUCAUGCUAAGAAGUUUGAGGCGUCUGGAUUUUGCUACGUCAACGACAUCGUCAUUAGUAUCCUGGAGCUACUCAAAUACCACCCUAGGGUUCUGUACAUCGACAUAGACAUUCACCAUGGGGACGGCGUCCAGGAAGCCUUUUACCUGACUGACCGUGUCAUGACUGUGUCCUUCCACAAAUAUGGGAACUACUUUUUUCCUGGAACAGGUGACAUGUAUGAGGUUGGGGCAGAGAGCGGACGAUACUACUGCCUCAAUGUUCCUCUUAGAGACGGCAUCGAUGACCAGAGCUACAGACACUUGUUCCAGCCGGUUAUUAAACAGGUGGUGGAUUUCUACCAACCCACCUGUAUCGUUUUACAGUGUGGAGCAGAUUCUCUGGGCUGUGACAGGCUGGGCUGCUUCAACCUCAGUAUACGAGGACAUGGUGAGUGUGUGGAGUUUGUAAAGAGCUUUAAGAUUCCACUGUUGGUCCUGGGAGGAGGAGGAUACACAGUGAGGAACGUGGCUCGCUGCUGGACCUUUGAGACAUCUCUGUUGGUGGAUGAAUCCAUCAGUGAUGAGCUGCCUUAUAGCGAGUAUUUUGAAUACUUUGCUCCAGACUUCACGCUGCAUCCUGAUGUUAGCACCAGGAUAGAAAACCAGAACUCCAGACAGUACUUGGAGCAGAUCCGUCAGACAGUGUUUGAGAACUUGAAGAUGUUGAACCACGCACCGAGUGUCCAGAUUCACGACGUUCCCUCUGACAUGCUGAGCUACGAACGCAAUGAUGAGCCCGACCCUGACGAGAGGGGGGCUGAGGAUAACUACACCAGGCCAGAGGCACCCAAUGAGUUCUAUGAUGGCGACCACGACAACGACAAAGAGAGUGACGUAGAAAUUUGAUCUGAGGAUAAAGAGGGGUGGAGCUUUUCCUUGCAGCCUCGAGUUUGCGUCCUCUGCAGACUGCAAACAUUACAUCCUAAGAGAACUUUCAGGAAGGACGGCACCCUCAAGUUCUCUGUUUGCUGUCGCUAGUUUCUUUAAUCCAUCUUUCCUCACUGACAUGACUGUUCUAUUAUAACCCAACAGAACAAAAAUCAUCUUGACUCUGUUUUCAUACAGUAGUUUUCGCACUUCUCUUUGGGUUUUGAGUCAACACGUCAAAUCAUGUAACAGGAACUGUCUAAGUUUUUAGAACGAUGGAUGUUGAAACAUGUACAUAAAGUUUAUCAGCUGUGUUAUGUCUAUUCCUGUAAAAAAAAGAUUAGUAUGAAGGAUACGAUGCUUCUUCAUACUAACAAGUUGUCAACGGAAAUACAUUUUUAUGAAUUUCACACAAGGAUUUGUCAUCAGAUCAAGAGCAUCUGAAAAAAGUGUACAGUAACACAAUGGGAUGUCCACAUGAUGAUGCUCAGUGAGAAGACACAAGAAAGAAGCCACACCGGGUGUCAAGACACACAAUCAUGUGUGAAGUGUAUGCGAUGAGUCACUAGCCAGCACAGAUGUUUAAAACCAAGUGUCACUUGACUUCAACUCUUAUCUGUUUUACAGUUUUCUUUGAAAUCCUAAUAUGACUCAUGUGCCUUACACCUCAAAUGAUCCAGAGCAGGGCAUUUUCACCAUUUUGGAGUUUUACAUGUGAGCUGUAAGUGUAAUGUAUUAGAGGACAACUGGUGACAAGGCAGGUAGUUUGGUGGUGAAUCUGUACAGAAGUAGGUGUUUUCAGAUGUCCUUCACUGUGCAGCUUCAUCAGACGUAUAUUAGUGUCAAUUGAACGCUGUAUGAAGCCACAGUGGAAAUGAUUUCUACCGUCCACCGUCUCCUCUUUUAGCCAAAAACAGGUUUAAUGUGAUUUUUGAUAUUGUCAACAACCUUAGUUUUUAAUAAAAAGAACAAUUUGAACUGUU